AUGAAUACGACCACUAGUGCGGCGACGAUUCUGGACGUGUACAUCUCGGAGGACAAGCAGUCGUAUUACACCCUCAUCACCAUGGGAAAUAUGAGCUUCCGCAUCGCGCUCGACACAGGAUCAGCGGAUUUGUGGGUCGUGUCAUCGGCGUGCACGAGCAGCGGAUGCUCGUCCCUGCCCAGGUAUCAGCUUGGGUAUAAGAGUUUGACGUUCGAGUCUGUCAACGACAACCAGACCCUGUUUAAUGUCAGCUAUGCGGACACUACCACCGUAUCAGGGUUCGUCGCUCGGGAAACUGUCUUACUCAACAACCUCACUGUAGUCAAUCAGGCAUUCGGCUUGAUUAACUCCUCUAAUGUCAGUCUUACGAACGACAUCAGUGGAGUCAUGGGCCUCAGCUUCUCUCGGUUGUCCACUAUAUCGGACACAGUAGCCAACGCGACAUCCAUCUUCGGGUCAAUGGCACAACAGGGACAACUCGACUACCCGCUUUUCGGCCUCAGCCUCAAAACUAACGCCACCGGCACUCUCGCACUAGGUGCCAUUGACGCGACGACUGUCACAAAUAGAAGUCGGAUCGAGUGGUACGAGGUCGUGCCGUUCGCUCCAUACAACGGCACGAAUGGGACCGCUGCGAGCUACCUGCAGUGGGUGAUCGAGCUGUCGAAUAUCACCGUCAAUGGCACGAACGUCACCCCGCAACCGACAUAUUCUCAAUCGGCAUCCAAUCACUCGUUGGCUCUAUUCGAUGUCGGCGCUUCCGGUAUCUACGGUCCCUAUCAAGACGUUGCCCGGAUCUUUGACCAGAUUAGUGGUGCUCGCCUAGUAGAUGCCUCGAGCGGUCAGUGGGUCGUUCCCUGUGAUUUGAGCGAAACGAUUAGUUUCAACUUCGGUGAAAGCAAUUUUACGCUGCAGCCGACUGACUACUUGGUCGGUCCCGUCUCCGAUGACCCGUACUAUUGCCUUGCAUGGCCUGCCGCCACCGCUCCCAGUCAUGAUGGCAUUGAUUGGCAAUUAGGCACGCCUUUCUUACAAACUGUGUACUCAAUCUACAGCUUCGGUAUUGACACGAAAGAAGCGCCCAUGAUGGGCCUGUAUGCACUCCACAACGCUACCGAACUUGAUGAAUCAGUCGCAGAUGUCAGCUCGUACUUCUCUUCUGCCUCUGCCACGGUCGACACGAUGCUGCCGAACUAUCUCGUCUCCACACCGGUGUACACCACACCUGCAUACAUCUUCAACACAUCCGUCUCCGCGCCGCCAGGGCUUAUCGUCUCUUCCGGUCUGGCGACGAGCACGUAUUCCCCCGUGCUCGGCACGGCGGCGACGGUCAACGCGUCUGCUAUUCCGACUGUCGACCCAUCGCCGACGUUGUUCACAUACAUUGUCACCGUCUCGUCGGGCGUGGUGUCCACGUCGGUGUCAACGGCGUCACAGGCCACUGUCACCCUCGGCGAGCCGCCAGGGUGGAGUAGCGGUGCGGCCACGGUUCACGUCCCCACUCGCUUUGUCGUGCUCGCACUCUCCGCACUGUUGCUCGUGGUGGCCUGCUAG